GUUGACAAUAAUUGACUUUUACUGUUUGGGCAGUAUAAAUAAAUGAAUCAUAAUAAUUGGAAAACAACUGACACUGACAGAUAAGGAUUAAUGAUUAAUGUUUUUUUCUCCACAGCAAAACAAUCAACUUGCAAGUGCUUCUAUGUAAUAUGUUAUAUGAACUUUCAGGGAACUUAAUAAGAUGGCUCUCAGAAAUAUUAUUUUGCUAAGUCAAAUCGCAGGAUACGUUGUAGCCUUUAUUUUAUCACUAUGUAUUGUUGUUCCAAUGAGUUUCCACCAAGAUGAAUUCAGGGGCCACUGUUUGCUAUUCUCAACAGGUGAAUGGCAAGAAUCAGAUGGUCAGCUAAAGGUGAAUUGGGCUUCGCAAGGUUAUUGUAACUAUACAAUCUUUGUUGGGGUGGUGUUAUGUUUGGUAUCUUUGAUUCAAAUAUACAGAUUGUCUGUAUUCUUACACAAGGGAACAGAUAGCAGUUUCCUUUCAGCCUUCAUAGAUGUACUAUCAGGAAUACUAUUAUGUGCAAUGACUAUUAUUGCUGCACUCAUGAUAACAUUAGGAUUUAUGACUUGGUGUCAAAAUAUAACUCAAAGAUUCUCUUCAUGUGAAUUAGCUGCUGGUCAGGAUAUUGAUAAGAAGGACGAAAUCAACACAACUCAUUUCUAUAUUGAACUAGGAACUGCUCAAUUUGGAGUUUGGGGUUCAUUUGCCGUAUGGGUUGGACUUUCAGUUUUUGCUCUCAUCAAACUCUGCCGCUAUCAUCAAAUAGAAAAUAUUAGGGUUUCAAUGUAUCGGGAAAGACAAAAGUUAAUCAAUGAAAAUGCAGAGUCUCCUGGUAGUUCCUUAGGAAGAGAAUCUAAUAUCAGUCAGUCAACUACAGCCGAAAUGGUAAAUUGAUUAAUCAGAACAGUCUUGAGAUAUCCCUCUCUAGUGAUAUAUACUAUUAUACAAAUCACAUUGUUCAUUCAUAGUACGUUUUAUCAUUUUAUAAAUUUCAAUUCUUAUUAGUAUGGCACUCUUUAGCCAGUUUUCCUAAAUAUUUUUGAAAAUAAAAAAAUUAAAUAACAGUUUGAUUCUACUAUAAUAUGUAGUAUUCAUAGUAUCUGGUUAUAAUAACCGAAGUAAAAUGUAGAAGUUGUUUAUCUCAUGGAUUAUGAUAGAUAUUUCCAUUCAUUGGAUCAACCUAAUCUUCUCAGAAAUUCGAGUAAAUGGCAUUGCACUGUAUAUUUGUGAGUAAUUUCUUACUGAUAAUUAAAUUUUUUGGCACUAAUAGUAAUACAUUUAAUAAAAAAUUGAUCAUUAUCUGUUGAUAGUUUAUUCCCAGUUGCUUACUCAUAAUGUGUGUAUUAUUAAUGAAACUUCUAAAAUUAAAUUACAAAUUAUCAUCCUAAAUUAGAAAUAUCUGAUUAUAUCCAGAUAUUAUUCUAGUGAAUAUUUAUUUGUGGGCUGGAUAACGGGACAAGUAUAAUUUCUUUUUUGAUGUUUAGGAAAAUUAGCUGAAUAGAAUAAAUUUCGAUUUUCAAUCAAUUGAUGAAGCCUAAUUAAGGAUAAUUUCUUGAAUUUUCCAAUGUGUAAUGAGUGAUAUUUCUGGAUUGUCAAAAUAUUCUCUCCGUAUUGCUUCAGUAAAUAACUAUUACUAAUUGUUAUAAUUUGAAUUGAUUCAUUGAUGAAUUCUUAGAUUGGUCAUUCAGGAUAACAGUUGUAUUUUUCACUGAUGACAUUCAUUAGUAAACAAAAGUUACACACAUUCGUAAUUUUGAUAUAUACCUACAGAUAUUUCAAUAACAACAUAUAAAAGGAGAGAAAAAAAGACUAGCCACUUGAAAUAUCUUGAGUAGCGUAUGUUUGAAAGUGAAAAAAAAAUAUUGUUGGAUCUUGAAAACAUAUUUUCCUGGAUUAAAAAAAUGAAACACCAAAGCGGACUUAGGCAUAACAUAAAACUACAUUUAUUAUUAUGUCAUAAUGAUUUUCAAAGUUUAUAAUAAAAUGUAUGUGAUAAAAACAUUAUAUUUUUAGUCCAAAUUGCUUGAUCAAUCUAAAACUAAAUCAUAAUUUUUGCAGUUUUAUUGCUGAAGCAAUAAUAAAUAUAUCACAAAAAUAAUGGUGUUCUAACUCUUAAAUCAUAAGAAAGCUUUAAAUAUUAUUCCAGUGAUGUAAUUUCUCUAAGUUAUUUGAAGAGCAUAUGAUACCUAUCUAUAAUUAUAUACUUGAUUGUAAUUUUUGAUUAAAAUAUACAUUGUAAUCAAAA